GAUCUGUUUGGAAGGGGCUUUCUAAUUUGUAUUAAUUUCAAGCAUGGUUUCUCGACAUUGAUUAGCAUCACCUUGUAAUUUCAUGUCCUUGAACCAGUUGCUUGAGUUUAGUCUUAAAUUUCGAAAAAUCUCCCGUUCCCAAUAAUUUACCAGGGUAUGGCGAACCUACUUUUAGAUCACCUCAAGAAGCAGACAACAACUUUUCUUCAUGAAAAAUACAACAUUGCAAGGAUGACUUUUACUGAUGUUACCCCUGCAGAAGUCCUGACAGAGGAGGCGACGAAUAAUGAUCCAUGCAGCCCGGACGCCAGAACUAUGACAAGAAUAGCGAUGGCAUCGUUUCAUGUUGACAACAGUUGGAGAAUUGCUGAUGUCCUGCGUAAAAGGUUAUACAACUUUGACUGGAAGCAAUGGAGGCAAUCCUACAAAGCCUUAGUAUUGCUUGAGUUUUUACUCGCUCAUGGCCCUGACAAUCUUGCUAGAGAAUAUCUAGGUGACACAGAAAUUAUUCAAGAACUCUCAACAUUCAAAUAUAUAGAUGAAAAAGGGUUUGAUUGGGGACUUAUGAUGAGAAAGAGGUCAGAGAGAGUAUUAGAGCUACUAAAAGGAGGAGACAUGCUUAAACAAGAACGUCUGCACGCUCUUAAAAUAUCAAACCAAAUUCAAGGAUUUGGAAACAAAGCUCACUCUCCUUGUUCCUCUUCCUCGUCCUCAUCACCAUCCUCAUCACGCGUUUCCAUUUGUUCUUUUGGCUCGUUCUCAACCACAAGUUCAACAUGGAACGAAGCAGAUGAUUUCAGCAAUAUUGACCUACUAAAAGACAAGAUACCUGCCAAACCAAAGUCCGAAGCAUCACACUUGUGGGAUCCCUCCGCUCCUAUUGAAGAAAAGGAUUCCCUGCUCAGCCAAGACGACGAGGAAGAGGCAGAGGACGGGCUACACAACUGCAAUGACUUCGAGUGCAACGACAAUAAUAACCAGUAUGGUGAUCAAAUGCUGUCUGGUUUUUUGGGCGGAAUACGAUCAAAGCUAAGCACUGUCACUCCCUUAGGGAGAAGUGAUCACAGUGAGAGAGUUGCGUUUCGGUGUCUCUCUGAUGUUGGUAGGAACAAGGUGAAAAGGAUGGAAAGGAACCUCUCUACCAAGUAUUAACUAGAAAUGUUGCAUAGUAGAAUUCAAUGUAUGAGUUGUCUGAGAAUGAGAACAGAAUCUGGCGUAGAUGCAAGAUUUUGAGUCUUUACUUGUAGUUGUUAUCUCCUGCUACAUAGCAUACAAUUUAAAGAAGAAUGAGGAUUAAAUUGUUUACUUCAAUGCUUUU